UCUAUUGGCUAUUGCAGUAUUGCUCCUCUCCUGGGAGCCGAAUCGCAUGAGCGUUCCGCCUGACUAUUGGCAAGUAGGGUUUGGCUGUGUGAGGGACAAGCAUGGCAUCUUUGGGUUCUCUCAAAUCAGCAAUUUUUGAGAGAGAAGAGAGAAAACAGCAAUACCAGGCACAUAUUCGAGGGCUCAAUGCUUAUGAUCGGCAUAAAAAGUUCAUUAAAGAUUACGCUAGCUUUUAUGGGAAAGAAAAAUCAUCCAACUUUCGUGUGCCUAUUAAAACAGAUAAAGACACACUGAGAGAAGGAUAUAGAUUCAUACGCUCUGAAGAGGAUGAUAUGAAUCCUUCAUGGGAACAAAGGCUGGUGAAACGUUAUUAUGACAAGCUUUUCAAAGAAUACUGCAUUGCUGAUAUGUCUCAGUACAGGAGUGGCAAGAUUGGCCUCAGAUGGAGGACAGAGAAGGAAGUAAUAUCUGGCAAGGGCCAGUUCAUAUGUGGAAACAAGCAUUGUGAUGAGAAAGAUGGUUUAGCAAGCUAUGAGGUGAACUUCUGUUACUUCGAAGCUGGGGAAAACAAACAAGCCCUAGUUAAGUUGGUAACCUGUGAGAGAUGUGCCGAGAAGCUUCAUUACAAGAGGAUGAAAGAGAAAGAAAAAUUAGAAAAAAGAGAAAAGGAAGACAGCCGAAAGAGGAACCGGUCAAAGAGUGAUGAUGAUUCAGAUGAGCUGGACAAAAGCAAAGAGAGGAGGCGAGAAGGGAAAAGGGCUUCAACUUCUGCCAGUGAUCAUAAAAUUGAUGACGACGAUAACUUUGAUGAAUUUCUGGAGGGAUUGUUUCCGUGAUCGUAGCUGAUUGAUUGCAGCACCAAAGGCAAAAGGUAUAUCUGCAAACCAAAGUUGGACAAGAAACAAGAUUUUGGGUUCUGUUAGGGGCACACGAGAGAGGACCACUGGACCUGUAGGCAGAUGUAUAUAGUACGAAAGUUAGGAGAUCACAAUUGUUCUCGAGGAAACUAUCUCCUCUUAACUCUAUGUAGUUUACACUUAACAUUGUGCUCGUACUAUAAUGUGUUAAAGAGAGUUUAUGUAUAGCUUGAAUACUAUUAUUACCUUUUCCAGAUGAAUAUAUAUUUAAACGUCAAAA